UUUCCUACAGCUUUCCUUCACACAAAAGGUCGCUUAUCCUCUUUAACUCACCGAGUCGACUCACUCUUCGAUUUUCAUCCCUCACCGGAAAAAAAACAAAUAACUCACACAAACUUCUCACAACCCGAUCAGAAUAUUUUAAUGGUUCAGUUGAUGAAAAUCACCAAAGAUUCGCCGGAAUCUCCGUUACAGCAACCUGGAUUAAUGACGCCGGUGAAGAGAGAGUUCAUUGAUGAGUCAACUCAGUUUGAUGAUCAUGAUCAUCAUAUUUCGUUAAUCAAACGACCCAAGUAUCAAGAAUUGGGGAUUGGUGAUUUUGCUGUAUCACCAGCACAGUUUAAUCCGUUAGACGAACCAAGCCCGUUAGGGUUACGGCUCCGAAAGAGUCCAUCUUUGUUGGAUUUGAUUCAAAUGAGGCUUGCAGAAGGAAGUGCAUUUGCAAAGAUGGAAUCUGAUGGUAAAAAGGGAAGCAAAAGUACCGGUGUUACUGCUGGUACGGAUAAGCUAAAGGCUUCAAACUUUCCAGCAUCGGUUCUCAAGAUCGGUACCUGGGAGUAUAAAUCAAGAUAUGAAGGGGACUUGGUGGCUAAGUGCUACUUUGCGAAGCAUAAGCUGGUAUGGGAGGUUCUUGAUGGCGGUUUAAAGAACAAGAUUGAAAUUCAGUGGUCUGACAUUAUGGCUAUAAAGGCAACUUACCCUGAUGAUGGCCCCGGUACUCUCGAUGUAGUGCUAACCAGACAGCCUCUGUUCUUCCGAGAGACAAAUCCGCAGCCCCGAAAACACACAUUAUGGCAAGCAACCGCGGAUUUUACAGGCGGAGAAGCUAGCCUGCACAGGCGUCAUUAUCUACAAUGUCCGCAAGGGUUAUUAGGCAAGCAUUUCGAGAAGCUGAUUCAAUGCGACCCCCGUCUUAAUUUUCUGAGUCAGCAACCAGAGAUAGAACUGGAGUCCCCAUAUUUUGAACCCAGGAAGUCGGUCUUUGAUGAGCCAAAUGAAUCUAAGGAAUAUGAUUUAAGCAAAGAAGGACGACCGGGGCCCACCAUCUUCGACGUACAGAGAACCGCUUCAUCAUCCGGAGGCCAAUCUUCAUCUAGGAGUGACUUGCAUGAUCCGUCUGGUAGACCCGCUGAGUUCUCUCGCGAAGCACCUUCACCGAGCUCAGUGAUGGACAUGUCAGCGAUUGAAGGAAUCCGACGAGCUGGAACCGAGGGAAUGAAAGAUCUUAGCCGUUGGGAUCAAAUCAAAGUCCCUGGGAUACAGCCAUCAAUGUCGAUGAGUGAUUUGGUAAAUCACAUCGAAAACAGAAUCACCGAACAAAGAACGGCAGGCAACCACCCUCUUUCCCAUGAAGAACAAGAAAGCCUUGAGAUUCUAGAAGACAUUUCCCAGUACUUAUUCAACGACAGUCAAUACGGGUCAACCACUUCAGAUGAAAAGUCCAUACUGUCAAAAGUCAACUCUCUUUGCUGCCUGUUACAGAAGGACCCCACUACAUUUCAAGAUCUCGAGCCCAAAACUGACCGUAACGGUUCGACGCUUGGUUCAGGCCCAGUAGGUGAAGGUGGUUUGGCGGUUGAGGGUGAAGGUGGUGCGGUGGUCGAGGACGAAAAGGGAAACGGGAUGUCUAGAAACGACUCGGUUUCUGACUUGUUGCUUAACCUUCCAAGGAUAGCAUCUUUGCCACAGUUCUUUUUUCAACAUCUAGAUUGAGUUUGGAGACUGAGGUGAGGUAAGGGUAGUUUUGUAACUUCACAUUUUCUUAAUAUGGUUUGAUGAAGUGUACUUAAGUAGUUAGUUGUUAAUGUAUGUCAUAAGAAGUCCAGGGUGGGUUGUGGUAUAUGUUUGGUGGGUUGUAUUUUGCGUCUUGUUUUGGACCUUAUGAUCAUGUAAAUAUGGCGUCGUUGACUUGUACUCUAUGCGCUAAAACUUGCAAGAUUGUUUUGGGUUUGUUGA